UAAUAACACGUUAUCAGCACUGCUCUCAAAAACCGUCCGCCUCAUUAAACUAUUCGUUCCCCCCUUCUAAAACGCUCUCCGGCUCUCACAAAAAGAGGAUCGCACAACGACAAUUCAGGGCACUCUUCUUCUUGAUCGAUUUCCGUCGAUCAAUUCCCAGGGCCCAUCGAUCGGUUAUUCUUCGUCCAGUCUCCUCAAAUAUCUCUCUGUCUUCUCCGUCUCUGUGUCACACGUCCUCAGCGAAGAUUUGGUCCCUGAAGGCUGCUCUAGCGGAAAAGCUCCAGAUCUCCCCUCCUCCUAUUAAGUCGCAUCAGUCCAGUUAUCACUAUGUCAAAUCUUGCGAAAUUUGAAUUCGCCGCACUGGACAUCAGCGGAAAAAACUAUUUGUCAUGGGUACUAGAUGCUGAAAUUCACUUAGAUGCCAAGAGCUUAGGUGAUACCAUAAAAAUUGGGAAUACCGCAUCAAAAGAAAACAAAGCCAAAGCCAUGAAUUUUCUGAGACACCACCUUCAUGAAGACCUAAAGUCGGAGUAUUUAACUGAGAGAGACCCCCUAGAACUAUGGGAAAACCUUAAACAAAGGUAUGACCAUCAGAAAACAACCAUACUCCCCGCGGCCCGUUAUGAAUGGACUCAUUUAAGGUUGCAAGACUUUAAGUCUGUAGUUGAUUAUAAUUCAGCAAUGUAUAGAAUUACUUCUCAGCUAAGGCUGUGUGGAGAAAAAAUAACUGAUGAUGAAAUUCUUGAGAAAACAUACUCCACUUUUCAUCCAUCAAACAGUGUUCUGUCCCAACAGCACAGACAAAAGGGGUAUACAAAAUAUUUUGACUUGAUGAAUCAAUUACUUGUUGCUGAGAAAAAUAAUGAGUUGAUCCUGAAGAAUCAUCAAACUCGCCCCACUGGUUCUACCCCAGCACCAUUCCCUGAAGCGAAUGCGGUGACUAAUAAUAAUAGCAAUAAGAAAGAAAGAAGCCACGCUAGCAGUCGUGGUCGGGGGCAUGGGCGAGGUCGAGGUAGGGGGAGUCACCAUGGCAACCGUGGUGGUCAUACUCAUCGAGGUGGUUAUAGAGGUGGUCGGGUCACCCACUUCAAGGGCCCAUCUCGCCACCAGAAGUGGCAGAAAAAUGAGAAUUAUGGUAAGGGUUGUUCUCAAAAGACAGAAAAUACAUGUUUUCGAUGUGGAGCAAGAAAUCAUUGGUCGCGUACCUGUCGUACGCCCAAGCAUCUAGUGGAGCUCUAUCAGCAGUCAUUGAAGAAUAAAGAGAACAAGGUUGAGACAAAUUUUGCCUUUGAUGAUGAUGACCUCCUUGACGAACCUGAAAGCUCAACCCAUUUGGAAGUUGGUGAUUUUCUAGAAGAAAAACACUGAUUAUUUUCUAUGUUUUGGCAUUGCACUAUUUUCAUUUACUGGAUUGGACUUUAUUUAUUUCAGUAUUAUGUUUUAAAUCGUUUACGUUAUGGAUCAUGUUAUGAUCUAUGCAAAGAACUUAUCAUUUUGUUUUGAUGUGGUUAGAAU